CGCGGGUGCCAACCCAACCAUAAUAUUUCUUCCUAUCUCUGCCAUCUUCUUCCUCGGCCUCACUUCUUCCAAUCCCAAUCCAAUCCAAUUCCGAUUCAACAUGUUAGGGUUUUCAAUGUUCCAGAUUUUCCCUUCCUUUUCUUCAAUCACCACUGCACACGCAACGUGAUUCCACCACCUUCGCCACUCUCACCGAUCGCAUUUCUCCCCUACGCCCGAUUCCCGCCUGUCCCCCCUUCUUCGGUUGAAGAGUGUUUAUAUCUGAUCUGCGAUAAUGUUGUUGGUUGUUAUUUACAUUGCUGGAUAGCAACGUUUGGAAAUUGGAACAGACCUUUGGGUGUUUCGGGUGGAAUUUGGGGUACAGGAGUAAAGGCAGAAAAAGCUCAUAAGAUCUUCAAGAGAUUUUCCAUUCAAGGGGUAGUGUUGCAAUGUUGGCUUCUAAUGAAAUGAUGAAAUUCAAAUCUUACCAGAACCGGGCUAAUUUAUUUGUGAAGGAAUAUUUGUUAGCAGACCCUCUGAUUCCAUACACUUCUAUUAUCGGCGGCGUUUUUGCUUGCAAGAUGGUCUAUGAUCUGACUCAGCUGUUUAGCACUGUUCACUUUAAGAGCUAUUCCAGUCUCACUAGAAUCCAACGCGUCGAGUGGAAUAAUCGUUCUAUAUCAACAAUUCAUGCUAUUUUCGUAACAACUAUGUCAUUAUACUUCGUGUUUUGCUCCAAUCUAUUUUCUGACGACGAGUUUUCUGAACUUGUUACAUUACGAAGCUCUUCAUUGUCUACAUUUGCGCUGGGGGUAUCUGUUGGUUACUUCAUCGCUGACCUUGGGAUGAUAUUUUGGUUUUUCCCUUCUCUUGGUGGAUAUGAGUAUGUGAUUCAUCAUUUGCUUUCUUUAGUAGCAGUAGCCUAUUCAAUGUUGAGUGGAGAGGGUCAGCUAUACACAUACAUGGUCCUGAUCUCUGAGACAACAACUCCUGGGAUAAAUUUGAGAUGGUAUCUUGAUGCAGCUGGAAUGAAGAAGUCGAAAGCCUAUAUCAUCAAUGGAGUUGUAAUAUUCAUUGCUUGGAUGGUUGCCAGAAUACUUUUGUUCGUAUACAUGUUUUACCAUGUCUACUUGCACUUCGAUCAGGUUGAGCAGAUGCAGUCGUUUGGACAAGUGUUAGUUAUUGUUGUGCCGCUGGUGCUAUCAAUUAUGAACUUGGUUUGGUUUUCAAAAAUUAUCAAAGGAUUGAGAAAGACUUUGGCGAAGAGACAGUGAAUGUAUGUGCUUAGUGAUAUUUUAGGAAAAUUAAUACAUGUCAAUGAUGUGUAGUGAAAGAUGUAAGAGAACAGAAACAGUUGAAAGUGUUUGGGUCCCCUGUGAUCCGAACUUGUAUAAAUAUGUUCAUUCUGCCUUUUUUCCCAAUUAAUGUACAUUUAUUGGUUUAAUAUUAA